UCGGUGUGGUGCCCGCAGGGUCUUCAAGUUCAAGUGGCAGCAGACGCCUGUGCCCACAGCCCAAGUCCGGGAAGGAGAGCACGUGGAGGGCUGAGCUCGGGUCCCUCCGUCCGCUUCCAAACGCCCGUGUUUGUCUCGCCCGCAGGGGGGUCUCUGACCAAGCUGGCCUACUACUCCACGGUCCAGCACAAAGUCGCCAGGGUGCGGUCCUUCGACCACGCGGGCCAGGACGCGGAGCAGGACCGCGAGUCGCCCUACGAGAUCUCCGUCCAGGAGGAGGUGACGGCCCGGCUGCACUUCGUCAAGUUCGAGAACAGCUACAUCGAGGCCUGCCUGGACUUCGUCCGCGACCACCUGGUCAACACGGAGACCAAGGUCAUCCACGCCACCGGGGGCGGGGCCUACAAGUUCAAGGACCUCAUCGAGCAGAAGCUGGGGCUGCGGGUGGCCAAGGAGGACGUGAUGACCUGCUUGAUAAAGGGGUGCAACUUCGUGCUGAAGAACAUCCCCCAGGAGGCCUUCGUGUACCAGAAAGACGCCGACCCCGAGUUCCGAUUUCAGACAAACCACCCCCACAUUUUCCCGUAUCUCCUGGUCAACAUCGGGUCCGGCGUCUCCAUAGUGAAGGUGAGCUGGGCUCCGUGGCUACGGUGGCGCCGCACGGGUUUGUCCUGCACUCGCCGGUGUCUGAGCCAGGGCAGGGGACACAGACAGGGGCUCGGGGCCCUGCUCACCAAGACACAGAAGUUCGAUGAGCUGCUGCAUUUGGCCUCCAGGGGGCAGCACGCCAACGUGGACAUGCUGGUGCAGGACAUCUAUGGGGGCGCCCACCAGACGCUGGGGCUCAGCGGCAACCUCAUCGCCAGCAGCUUUGGGAAGUCGGCCACCACCGUCCGUCUCUGUCCUGCCCCAGAGUUCUCCCCGGAGGACAUGGCCAAGAGCCUGCUGCACAUGAUCAGCAACGACAUCGGGCAGCUCGCCUGCCUCUACGCCCGGCUGCACGGCCUGGACCGCGUGUACUUCGGCGGCUUCUUCAUCCGUGGCCACCCGGUCACCAUGCGUUCCUCCUUCCCAGACCCGGACCAGUACAGCUGGGGCGAGAACUACGCGGGCAGCUCCGGGCUGAUGAGCUCAUCCCCCGAGC